AUGAACUUAAUUAGGGCGACAAAUAAGAAUUUAUAGGGCGACAAAUAGCAAUCCCCAAUUCUUUUGGGUAAAUUGUAAGUUUGGUCACUAGAAUUACUUAAAAAGUUAAUGUUUGUCACUAAAAUUAAAUUAUUUCAUUCGUAGUCACUUAGGGGUCGUUUGGUUUUGGUGAUAGUUCAUUAACAGUCCAAGUUUGGUCACCAGCUGUUAGUCUACUUUAAGUCUUUAACUUUUGCUGAUGUGGCGGUCAACUCUCGUAGUUGACCAUUAAAUGAGUGACAUGGCAAAUAAAAAAUAAUUAUUUUUAUUUUCCACCUCAUUAUCAAAAUUAUUUAAAAAAUAACUAAUUAUCUCCAUCCCCUACCCACCCCUCAAUCCUCACCAGCAAUUCGUAAUAGGUCGUGACCAAAUUUCGACAAAGCGACCAAGCGGAGCACUCGUAGUUGCUCCGUCGGUGGAGGAGGCCGUUAGACAACCCGUUGCCGAGGGACAGCACGAGAAGAUCCUCGACUCCGUUCACCGACGCUUGUUGUGGAGCACGUGAGCAACGACAGCCGCCGUGGGGUUGUUCAUCACCAAUCCACCGUUAAUGGCGCAACAGGAGGUUUUCCCGUCAACAUACUUGAGGUUGAAAGUCUUGAACAGGCUGAGGGGCGCGGUGGUGGCUUUGUAUACCUGUCAGAGCUCGAAGUCAAAGCUCGAGGAUUCCGAGGCGUCGGCAAGGGAGAAGACGAAAGAAGUGCUGGUCUUGAGAUCAAAGCAAGGGACGAGGAGAGGCUUACACGUGUCCUUCAUGGUCAAGAUCUUCCCGUCCUCCCUCCGCCUAUACGCUUCCUUCGGCGCCUUAUCCAUGCUCCGUCCCGACAACCACCGGCCGAGGAGGAACUCGGACGUGAAAAGCUCCGAGUUCCUGUCGACGAGGACGACAUCGCUUCUCUGAUUGAGAACAGAGGGCGAUCAAGUCUUCACAUUUCAGGCUACACAUCAAUUCCAUCAAUUCUGAAGCAGAGUCACCGCUGCCCUGUUCGGAAGAGCAUUCGUAAUAGGCCGUGACCAAAUUUCGUGCGAAGCUGUUGAAGAUUGCCGAAACGAAGCCGACCCAGAUGGAGUUGCGAACUUGUCUUUGAACUAGGUCUGGCCAUUCGGUUAUCGGUUGCCGGUUAACCGGUCGGUUAAAUCGAUAACCGGCGGUUACCGGUUAACCAAUAACCGAAAAACUUAUGG